AUGGCUGGGAUUUGUUGUGGCGUUGUUGGGGAGGCCGGCGAGACUCCUUCUCCGACCAAAUCUACCUCGCGCCCUUUCGCUCGCCGGAGUUUGGACCAACUACCUUUGAAGUACAUAGCCGGUGUGGCAAUCCCGCCGCCGGAGAACCGUCGGAAGCGCCAAAAGCUGGACCAGGGCGCUUCUCCGGCGCGGGAGUGUGAAAACGCGGUUCAGAGUUCUGAAUCGAAGGGAAUCGAGGCUGUCUCGUUUCCGAAUUGUACGAAGGUUCCUACUUUAGACUCGACAAAGGCUGUCGUCGAGGAAGAGUGUCCGGGGUAUGGGGUAACCUCCGUUUGUGGCAGGAGGAGGGACAUGGAAGACGCCGUCUCUGUGCAUCCUUCGUUUUGUCUCGAAAAUUGUGACCAAGAUCAGAAAGGGUUUCACUUCUUCGCUGUUUUUGACGGCCACGGAUGCUCACACGUGGCGACUAUGUGCAAGGAGAGGUUACACGAAAUAGUGAAGGAGGAGAUUAACGAAGCGAAAGAGAAUUUGGAAUGGGAAUCGAUGAUGAAGAAUAGUUUCGCUCGAAUGGACGAAGAGGUUCUAAGGUGGAGCAAAACCAACGAGACACGCACUUGCAGGUGCGAGCUUCAAACCCCGCGCUGCGACGCCGUUGGCUCCACCGCAGUCGUCGCCGUCGUCACACCGGACAAAAUCAUCGUUGCAAACUGCGGAGACUCACGCGCCGUGCUCUGCCGGAACAGCGUACCCGUUCCACUCUCCGACGACCACAAGCCGGAUCGACCCGACGAGUUACUUCGGAUCCAAGACGCCGGAGGGCGCGUGAUAUAUUGGGACGGGCCUAGAGUGCUUGGGGUCUUGGCCAUGUCAAGAGCCAUAGGGGACAAUUAUCUGAAGCCGUAUGUAAUUUCGGAACCGGAGGUAACGGUAACGGAGCGGAGUGACAAGGAUGAGUGUUUGAUACUAGGGAGUGACGGGCUUUGGGACACGGUGCAAAACGACACCGCUUGUAAGGUGGCGCGGAUGUGUCUGAACGCGCAGAAGCCGUCAUCACCCUCUUCUCCGGGGAGGGAGUUGGCGGUGGACUGGUCCGACAAGGGGUGCUCCGACGCCUCCAUUCUUCUGACAAAGUUGGCGUUGGUGAGGCACAGUUCAGACAACGUGAGCGUGGUGGUGGUUGAUUUGAGGAGAGAUGAAUAA